AUGGAGCCCAAGAACCAAGAAUCAGUUCAUCUUGAGAAGACUAUGUCGGAAACGAAGCAGGACUCCGUUCAUGAGGAGAAUGCGGCCGUCCCCGACCAGAACAAUGUGGUUCAGGACUGGACCGAGAAAGAAGAGCAUGCCUUAGUACGCAGGAUCGACCUCAGUGUUUUUCCGAUGCUUUGUACUAUAUUCGCCUUUUCCCUGCUCGAUAGGACCAAUAUUUCGGCUGCUUACAUUGCUGGACUUGCACAAGACCUGGCAUUGAACGUAGGGUGCGUUCAAGGUUGUCACUCUCGGCUGAAAGAUGCUAACGAAGGGUAUUUCGAAGGUCUCGCUAUUCGAUUGCUCUACUUGUCUUCUUCAUCGGUGGGCUAUUCGAAUUUGGAUGUGAUUUCCAAGGCUAACAAAAGCACAGGAUAUGCACUUUUCGAAAUCCCCUCAAACAUGGUCAUUCGUCGCAUUGGAGUACGAAUCUGGCUUCCAUUUCUCAUCAUUGUGUGGGGAGCAGCGGUCCUAGCAAUGGGUUUUAUUCAUAGCUGGAUCUCACUCACAGUUUUGAGGGCUAUACUUGGAGUCUUCGAGGCUGGCCGUAAGUAUGGCAUUCUUGGAGGAAAUGUCGUGUGA